AAGUAAUUCAACAAAAGAGAGUAAGAGAAGGUACCGCGCGAUUCGAGCACCAACAAAUUAACGUACCUGCUACUAGUCAACUAGUCAGUGGUUCACUUUGGUACCUGUAGGACGCGUGCGGUUACAGACGCCGCGAUAUAUAAAAACGUGCGCGCAUAAAUCGCAAGUACCUACGAACGGAUGGGUACCUUGUAGAUAUGAAGUUUGAGUUUUUGCGAAUCCGUAUAUCACAUUCAUCCUCUAUUCGGUUUUAAGUUGUAAAAAGUGAAUUCCAGAAUGUGUAGCAAGGAACAAAUUAGUGACCUUAUGGAUAAAAUACACUCGGGUUUGCCCAAGUGCACCAUCAAGCUACCAGCUUGGGACGACAUAACCGGCGCCCUGCCUCGGCUUCAUAUUCCCGCCAUGCCGGCCGUGCGUUCCAAGCGCGGCUGGUGCGGCUGCCUACAAGAUGAUGAGCCGCCGGAAAUCACUUACAUAGUGGAAAAUACUGGGAAACUUCAAGCAAUAACUCCCACCCAACCGAUGCCAUGCCAGGAGGAAUUGGACGUAAAGUUUGCCGAAUUAGUGGACGAACUAGACUUGACUGCUCCCAAUAAAGCGGCAAUGUUAAGCCUACCAUCUCAGAAGAAAUGGCAAAUAUACUGCUCACGUAAAGGAGAAGACACCACCGAUCAGGCCACUGGCCCCGAAGAUUAUAUUCAAAGACUGAACGCACUAGCUACCCUACAAUAUCCAGAAAUCAAUACCGACGAGGAAGUGAGAAUGAGGACCAAACAAGUGGAUGCCCUCAAAACGGCGCUUCGCACAUCCACACAUAGUUUUGUCAUCAAAUUCAUCGAAUCCAAAGGCCUGAAGGGCCUCUUGAAUUUCCUGAAGACCAUGGACUAUUUCACUGCUCAAAGUUCCAUUCACACUAGUAUCAUUGGAUGCGUUAAAGCCCUGAUGAAUAACUCGACUGGCCGAGCACACGUUCUGGCCCAUCCGACCAGCAUAAACAUCAUCGCUCAAUCCCUUAGCACUGAAAACAUUAAAACUAAAAUAGCCGUAUUGGAAAUAAUGGGGGCGGUUUGUCUGGUAGCUGGUGGCCAUAAGAAGGUUCUUGAUGCCAUGCAUCACUACCAAAAGUUUGCGUUUGAAAGGGUGCGAUUCCAAGGAAUCAUUAACGAUCUCGAUCGAUCGACGGGGAUCUACAAAGACGAGGUCAACUUGAAAACUGCUAUCAUGUCAUUCGUUAAUGCUGUUUUAAAUUAUGGUUUGGGCCAGGAGAACUUGGAAUUCAGGCUACAUUUGCGAUACGAAUUUCUUCUCUUGGGUAUUCAACCAGUAAUCGACAAGCUAAGACUGCACGAAAAUGAAACACUAGACCGUCACUUGGACUUUUUCGAAAUGGUUCGGAACGAAGACGAGAAAGAACUGGCACGAAAAUUCGAACAGGAACAUGUGGACACUAAAAGCGUGACUGCUAUGUUCGACUUGAUCCGAAGGAAACUUAGCCACACAGCUGCUUAUCCCCAUUUAUUAUCGAUGCUGCAACAUUGCCUUUUGCUGCCUUUGGAUUACGGAUCACAUCCACAGCAUUGGUUAUUGUUCGACCGCAUCGUGCAGCAAAUUAUUCUUCAACAAAGCGGCGAUUCAGGCAAAAGCGAUCCAGAUGUUUCUCCGUUGAAUAUUAAUGUGAAAGAAGUAGUCCAUUUACUUGCAAAGGAAGAGGAACUGGUGACUGCCAGGAGAAAAGCUGAAGAAUUAGAGAAGGAGAACUCAGACAUGUCUAUUCGGUUGUCCAAAAAGGAACAGGAACUCGACAAGAAAACUCAGGAAAAGGAAGAUAUCGAAACCAGUUUAGUCAGAAUCAAGGAACGAUUGGAGAAGGAGACAGCGUUGCACAUUGAGACGCGGCAAAAACUCAACGAAAUUGAAUAUAAAGCUGCAGACUUGGAUAGGCAAGUAAAUUACGAGAAAGGAGAACGAUCUAGAUUGGAGCGUUUAGUCAACUCCGGAAGCAUUCCGGAUGAUACCAAAGCAAUAGGGUUAAACAAGACACUGAUAGACAUACACUCUGAAAAGUCGCUAACUACUAUUGCUCCGCCGCCACCUCCACCGUUAGUGCCACCUCCUCCACCUCCAGGACUGAUAGCGCCACCACCGCCGCCACCUGGCAGUGGUACAUCGGUGCAUCAAGUUGAACUUCCAAAGAUGGAAAUAGUAAAAAAAAACAUCCCGCAACCGUCCAACCCAUUGAAGUCAUUCAAUUGGUCGAAGAUUCCCGAAACGAAACUGAAUGGUACCAUUUGGAGUGAGUUGGACGAUAGCAAGCUGUAUAACACAAUGGAAUUGGAUUGCAUUGACAAACUGUUUUGUGCAUAUCAGAAGAGCGGAGUAACUAAUGAUGGUUCGAUUGAAGACCUACGACAGCUGGGCAAAAAUAAAACCAAAGUAUUAUCGGUGAUCGAUGGAAGACGAGCUCAAAACUGCACUAUUCUUUUGUCCAAAUUGAAAAUGUCCGAUGAAGACAUCAUCAAAGCCAUUUUGAGCAUGGACAGCAAAGAAAACCUUCCAAUCGAUAUGGUUGAACAGCUGCUAAAGUUUACUCCUUCUCCAGAGGAAUGCGUUUUACUGGAUGAACACAGUGAUGAAAUUGAUUCUUUGGCCAGAGCAGAUAGGUUUUUAUAUGAAGUAUCUAAAGUUCCUCAUUACGAACAACGACUACGUAGUUUACACUAUAAGAAACGAUUCCAAGUUACCUUAAGCGAAAUUCAGCCCCGAAUAACCAGCGUAAUGGAGGCUUCCAGAGAGGUUUCCAGAUCAAGGCGAUUGAGAAGGCUACUAGAAAUUGUUUUAGCUUUGGGCAACUAUAUGAAUAGGGGCGCUCGGGGAAAUGCAUCCGGAUUCAGAUUGGCCUCUUUGAACAGGUUGGCUGACACGAAAAGCAGUUCCGCCAAGGGAACCACGCUUUUGCAUUAUCUAGUCCAAAUCUUGGAAAAAAAGUUCAGAGACAUUUGCCGUCUAGAUGAAGAUCUUCCGCACGUCAGAAUAUCGGCAAAGGUUUCCCUUGGGGAGCUCAGCAAGGACAUGGCUCAGCUGCGGGCAGGCCUUAAAGAUGUGGCAAGGGAAAUCGAGUUUCAUCGAAGCCAAAGCCCUUUAGCCAACGACAAAUUUGUACCGGUUAUGAGGGAGUUUCAAGCCACCGCCACUUGCAAGCUGGCUGAAGUAGAGGAUCAAUACCAAGAUAUGAAGACAAGAUUUGAGCGGGCAGUCAGACUAUUUGGCGAGGAAGCAGCAAACGCACAACCAGACGAGUUCUUUGGAGUAUUCGAUACAUUCUUGACCGCAUUUGUCGAGGCCAGACAGGACAACGAAAACCUGAGGAGAAAGCAAGAAGAAGAGGAGAAGCGGGCCAAGCAAGAAGAGCAACUGAAGAAAUUGACUUUGGAGAGGAAACACAGUCGUGAAGGGAUUUUAUCGGCCAUCAACAAGAAUGUCACUCUUCAAAAUGGAGAUAACACAAAAGCAGGGGAGUUUGACGAUUUGAUUUCGGCUUUGAGGACGGGCGACGUUUUCGGCGAAGAUGUUGCCAAAUUUAAAAGAAGUAGGAAGAAUCGAAUGCAUUCAGGAAGCUCGCCGCCGCGCAGAAAUAGCGUAAACAGGGAAGAUAGUAGGGAAAGAGUGGUGAUAAAUGUGACCACAGGAAGAAUACAAUAGUAAACAUGAUAAGUUAUCAUGCAUUUAUUGUGUAAUUACAGGGUGACAAUAAAAACAUUACCUCUAAGAAACACUUCAUAAAAUAUUUAUUUUUCAAUAAAAAGAAAAUUGAUCAACAAAUAACAAUCACCCACUAUUUUUGACUACAACAUAGCCGCUUCGAAGUGGCCUCCUUGCGCGUCUCGGCAGAGUUUGAUGCUCUGCCGUGCCACGCUCUUUUUCCGGCGACAAACGGUACCAUCCCCGACGCAGCGUCCGCUGGUCUCCAAAAUAGACCACACCCUAUAGUCGAUCGGACUGAGAUCUGGCAAGUAGAGCGGCGAUCCUGUUGACGAAAUAAAAUCCGGAAAGUGGGUCCGACGCUGGUCCUGAGUCGCUGUCGCCUUGUGGGCCGGAGCGGAGUCCUGUUGGAAAGUCCAAUCCGCAUCGCAAAGUGCUGCUGAACCCACGAAAGUAGGACGACUUUGCGGAUGCCACGGUGGUAGACGUCCUUGUUGAUUUUGACAACCAGUUCCACGAAAACGUGGCUGGUUUUGCCAAUGGCGCAAAUUUACGAAGGAUUUUGGCGAUUUUCAACCAUGAUCGACGUGCCAUUGGCGCUCCGCGGACCUGGUGAUUGUGGGCUGGUUCAACUGAACAACUUCUCAUCCAUGAAGAGGAGUUUGUCCCACUGAAGAGGAGCGUGGCGACGAAAAAGUUGUUUGCAUCUUUCAAGCCGUAAGCGAUUGUUAUCGUCGGUGAGGAGCUCAACUUUUGGAGGUUGUAGGGCCUGAGAUGGAGAUCCUCUUGGGCUCUUUGGCAGAUUGAUUCCUGAUUGAUACCAGUCUCACGCGCAAUAUUUCUGAUCGAGACUCUAGGAUUUUGCCUGACACGUUCUCGGGCGAGCUCCCGGUUCUUGACGGUUCUUAUCGUGCGCUUUCUGCCACUUCCUGGACGCCAAACAGUAUGGCUGAGUUCUUCAAACCUCUUGAUGGUUUGUUGGACGUUCGAUUUUUCGAUGACGAGAGCUUGCGUUAUAUCGAUCGGACGCUUUUUCUCUUAGGUUUGACAUCUUAAUAAAGUUGAUUAAAAGUUUUGAAUACAAUUGAAACAGAACAUAUUUGUAGUGUUUUUAACAGCAAAUCAAAUAAAGACAACAUUUUUUAUUGUCACUCCGUACUUCAGAAAUAUCUUGAGCUUUAAAACGUGUAAACAUUUUGCUAUUGACGUUUACUAGUUAGCAUCGUACACACUAGUCGAUAUGGAAAAAGUCUAAAUUAUUAUAAAUAUUUAUUUUCAUAUUUUAUUACUUCUACUUUAAGUUUUAUACUACCUAUCUGUCGCUCAUACAUGAUGCAAACUUGUUUUUAUUUCACUUGGUCCUUGCGUUUAGAAACUUGUAUAUUGUGUUAAUGUGAUUUUUUAAAUAUAAUGCUCAGUUAAGAUAUUUCCUUGUAAAAAAUGUUUCCAUAGGUUUUAAUAGAUUGUGAAUUGUUUAUGUAAGGUUAGCUCUAGCGACAGAACAACUUAAUUAUUCAGCAUAGGCAGCAGGCAAUUUAAUUGCGGUGUGACCAAUAUUUUCGAAUCGUAUUAUUGUAUAUGAAUGAAUGUAAAUGUUGCAACAACGCUGCAUUGUUUUCUAAUUCUUUUGUAGGAGAUUUUCAAAUUUGUAAGUUUUGUAUUAGUGGACAUAAUUGUCACGGAAAUAACACCAGUCUCAAACGUGAGAAUAGUAAGAAAAA